UGAAGAUGCCUAGGUUUUUUUCUUGCCUUGUUAUUUUCGGUUUUCUUUCUCUUGUUCAAAUUAACUAUGUUAUGGCCAGCAAACAUUAUAAGUCAGCCAUUGGAGAUCCAGGGAUGAGAAGAGAUGGUCUUAGGGUAGCCAUUGAAGCUUGGAAUCAGUGCAACGAAGUUGGUGAAGAAGCUCCCAAUAUGGGAAGUCCAAGAUUGGCUGAUUGCUUUGAUGUUGAUCAUUCAAAAAGACCAGUGAGGUUAAUACACAAAGUGGAUGAGCAAGAUAACAGGCUCGGCGUACUGAGUGGUCCAUAUGGAGGAAUAACAACUAAAAAACCAGAUACUUAUGCAGCUGAGAAGGAAUUAUAUCUGGGUCAUAAGUGCCAAGUGCUACAAAACAAUACAAAGCCUUGGCAAUUUUGGAUGAUCAUGCUUAAGAGUGGCAACAUGGACACUGCAGCAGCCAAAUGUCCAGAAAAUGGCCACAGGUCCAAACCUUUCCCACCAGAAGCUCGGUUUCCAUGCUUUGGUAAAGGAUGCAUGAACAUGCCCUAUAUAUUCCAUGACUACACCAGCCUACAGCUGAAUCGCAAGACCUUAAAAGGAAGCUUUUAUGGGACUUGGGAUUUGGAUUCGGAUGUUAGAACUGCAGCAGUUGCAAAUGGCACUUCUUAUUUCAAAGUCACUUGGGUCAAAAGACAUUUAAACAAUGGUAGUUGGGUUUUUCACCACAAGUUGAAGACUUCUCCCAAGUAUCCAUGGUUGAUGCUCUACCUUAGGUCCGAUGCCACCAAAGGAUUAUCCGGCGGGUACCAUUAUCCGACAAGGGGGAUGUUAACAACAGUUCCCAAGUCGCCCAAUUUCAAGGUAGUGUUCAGGUUAAACGUAAAGCAAGGAGGAGGUAAAAAUAGCCAAUUUUAUCUGAUGGACAUAGGAAGCUGCUGGAAAAACAACGGAAAACCUUGCGAUGGUGAUGUGACCACUGACGUUACUCGAUACAGUGAAAUGAUUAUAAACCCUGAAACAGAACCAUGGUGCAAGCCUGACGAUCUCAGACUAUGCCCCCCUUAUCACACCUUCCGUAAUGGAACCAGAAUCCACCGGACAGACAGGUACAACUUCCCCUAUGAUGCAUACCACCUCUGGUGUGCUCCAGGAAAUGCCAAGUAUUUGGAGGAGCCACAUAAUUUAUGUGAUCCAUAUAGCAAUCCUCAGGCACAAGAGAUACUGCAAAUCCUUCCUCAUCCUGUCUGGGGUGAAUAUGGCUACCCUACAAAGAAGGGUGAGGGUUGGAUAGGAGACCCAAGAACUUGGCAUCUUGAUGUUGGGAGAUUAUCUCAGAACCUUUAUUUUUAUCAGGAUCCCGGCACUAAGCCUGUUACUAGGCACUGGCCAUCAAUUGACUUGGGAACUGAAAUCUACGUUAGCAAAGAUGAAGUGGCAGAAUGGAGUGUUAGUCACUUUGACAUUGUUCUGACUUGAAAAAGAAACAAUAAUUACAGUUCAUGUUUAGGUCAAAUACGAUUCUUGUUUUAGAUAUAUUUUAGGUCAAUAUGAUUGUAGUUUUAGAUAUAUUUUAGCUCUGAGUUUAGAAUACAUUUGUUUUUAUUGGAUUAA